AGGUGGAUUACAUUUUGAAAUUGAUCAACGAGGGACAUUGUUUCAAACCAUUUGAGUGGCCACACUUGAAAGCAGCAAAUCAAGAGGUCAAUAUUCCAGACAAUGAUGGUGACAGCCUUGAAGAUGUCACAGAGGUUUAUCAAGCAAGUCACAAAAAGCCUCUAACUAGGUCUUCUAAGAAGGAGAAGGAAGUUGUCAAGCCUCCUACCAUCCACAAACAUACUUCUCAGAAGAAACCAACGGCUAAAGUUCCUGUUGGCGGAGAAAGUAACGACCCGGGGUACUUCACGCUUGCUCAUUUGAAUGACAUGAAGGAGUGGAUACUGAAACAGAAUGAAGACCUCAGAAACAAGAUUAGGGAGGAUGUUAAAGAAAUUGUUGGUCCCAAAUCACCCGCAGGAGGAGCAUCUAAUCUGCGUCGAUCAAGCAGGCUUAACACCAACCAUAAGGGAAAGACUGAUGCAUCACCCUCUAAGAAAACGGGCAACAAAGAAACGCGAAAACGAAAAAGAAAACAGGUAGAGGUUCACUCCUUAUCAACUGGAAGCGAGUCAGCCGGUGACAUUGAAGGUGAAGCGGAUGUUCAGAGUACAUGGAAAGAGGACGGAAAUGCGCCAAGCUCGGGUACAUUUGAUAAGUGUGAUGAUUAUGGAGAUGCUCUAAAAAUCACUCAGGAAGGUGAUUUGAUGCAAGAAGAAAGCGACUUUGAUCACUGUUCUUCAAAUUGUACAAAGACGAAAGAAUCAAUGAUGAGAGAGAUAGAGAAUCUUGAACUGAAGCUUCAAUUGUAUGGAGGACAUGGGCUGAAUAAUUUAACCUACGACGAGCUUCUUCAUUUUGAGCAUCAACUCGAAUCUUCUCUCCAUAUUGCUCGAGCUCAUAAGCGGGAGCAGCAGCAACAACAAACAGACAAGCUUAAGGAAAAUCUCAUGUUGUGUCAAAGGCAAGAAGAUGAUGACAUCAUGCACCGGCAAGUGAAGAAGGAGAACCCACCGGUGUUCUUCAGCUCCUCUCGCCGCCACAACCAGCCCCAAGACUAGGACAACAACUUCUCUCUAUCUAGCUAAAUAUCUAAUUACAGCUUAAGUAGAUCGACCCGGUUUGGUUCAGCCUACCAGACAAUUUAUUACCGGUUAUUUUCUUUGCUGACUUUCUUUCUAAUGGACAUAUUGAGUAUUGACCAUGCUUUGAUAGCUUUCGGGUUUAUAUUAAAAGGAAAAUUUCUCUA